CUCUCCAGUCUCCCCCCAUAAAUUCAUAAUGAUAAUACACUUGCUCUGUCCUCAGCCCUCACUCACCCUCAACUAAAACCAAGAAAAAAGCUAGGAACUUGAAACUCAAAACACCCACCUUAGACCUUACAAUAAUACGUAAACUUGCUUAUAUAUGUUAUCACAAUCUUUAUGAAAUCUUUGCAAAUAUAAAGGAUAAUGGCGAUUUCUACUUCUUGUACCCCUUGUUCUUCAGGAAGCUUCAUGCUUUCUCUCUCUUCACCAUCACAAUGUUUGCCUUCAAUUCUCUUCUUCAAACCCUGGAAGACUUCUAUGGCUAAUUCCCAGAAUUCCCGCCUAAAAUUUGUAGUUAAUUCUGCUUCUUCUGAUGUGGGUUCCUCUUCUUCUUCCGAUUUUACAAGUCUUAGGCAAGUUCAUAUGCCAACGUUUGGAUUGUCAUCGAAUGAAGAUGCACACAAACCACCACAUAAAUGGCAAAGGGUGCUGCUUAAAGUUAGUGGAGAAGCUCUUGCAGGAGAUAAUGCCCAAAACAUAGAUCCUAAAGUCACCAUGUCUAUAGCAAGGGAGGUUGCAUCUGUGACACGGCUUGGCAUUGAGGUUGCUAUUGUUGUUGGUGGUGGAAAUAUUUUUCGAGGUUCUACUUGGGCUGGCUGUAGUGGCCUUGAUCGUUCAUCUGCUGAUUAUAUUGGGAUGAUGGCCACAGUUAUGAAUGCAAUAUUUUUGCAAGCAACAAUGGAGAGUAUUGGUAUCCCAACACGUGUCCAGACCGCUUUUCGCAUGUCUGAGGUUGCUGAGCCCUACAUACGUAGAAGAGCUAUCAGGCAUUUGGAGAAAGGGAGGGUUGUAAUAUUUGCAGCUGGAACUGGAAAUCCAUUCUUCACCACAGACACAGCUGCUGCUCUCCGUUGUGCAGAAAUUAAUGCAGAAGUUGUGCUGAAGGCAACAAAUGUGGAUGGGGUUUAUGAUAAAGAUCCUCGGCAAAACCUGGAUGCCCAGCUGCUUGAUACUUUAAGCUAUCAAGAUGUAACGUCAAAGGAGCUUUCUGUGAUGGAUAUGACUGCAAUUACUUUGUGCCAAGAGAACAACAUCCCUGUUGUUGUCUUCAAUCUAAAUAAAGAAGGUAACAUCUCAAAAGCAAUCCAAGGAGAGAGAGUAGGAACCAUUAUCGGAGGGCACCGAAAUUCAGCUACAGCAAAGAUCAUAUAGAGUUGUAGGCGUGGUGCAGUGUUCUGGUAAAAAUUCUAGAAUUCUAGCUACAAUAGCUUUAGUUGGCAAGAGAUAUAGGACCUUUUGCUUUUAAUAUUGCAGGCCAUGUAUAUUAGCAAUCAUGAAGAAAUAGUUCCUUGGAACAUUUUGUUUUCACCCAAGAUUAGAUGUAGCAACGAAUAUGUUUAGUUGCAGACUUAGGAAGGUCAUGAAGCGGAUUCAAACAGAUAUGAACUAAUCCUAUUUUGUAAGUAUUUCUUUAUCGAGAUUCAAAUAGAAAGUUACACCAUGUAGUUCCAUGCUA